AUGAGAUUUGCUGUAGCUUUUGCCAUUAUUCCCUUGUGCACUGCUUGGUAUUGGAGAGCUGUGACUGACUCAACUGGCGGCAUUAUUGAGUCGUCAACUCCCAUCGCAGAAUUUGCUAGUGACGAGACUUCAACUAGAGCACCCAUUACUAGAGUUACCAGAGCAACUUCCCUGAUUGAUUUUGGCGCUUCGAGCGACGGCUUUGGGUUUGGGGAUACGACAGGAUUAGGAAACACAGACAGUGCUGUUGAAAGCACCACCACUGCUAAUUCAGCAAGAUCACUUUUCCCAGUCUCGUCGAGAGCAAGAAGCGUUGGAUCAUCUUCAGAGACCGAGGAUUUUUCCUCAGGAUUAGCUAGACAAUCAAGGAGCAGAUUCAGUGGAGAUGCAAGCAGCUCAUUCGAGUCAUCAGUUUCUAAAUUUAGCAGAACUGCCAACGACACCAUGGAGGAGACUUCGACUACUAAACCCGCAACUUCAGGUAGCAAGAACGAAACUGUGUCAAGUCGUGGAGGCACUGCUGGUGCCAAAUCUGCUUCAUCAACUGGAGCUGCUGCUGUGGUGACUAUUGCUGCUGCUUGUGCAAGUUGGUCAGCAGGUGCAUUGUUUUAUAUUGCUGCGCUUGUCUUGCUUUAA